UUAGCCGCAGACACUCUACUGACAGGCAUUAAACCAUCGCCCCUGCUACGAAGGUCUUCGGCUGCGUUUGAUUCAGAUGUAAUAGUUAUACUCUCUGGAUAUCACUGAAGUUUUAUCACAAUUUGAGGUAUACCCCAUAACUUAAAAAAAAAAAAAAAUAUUCAUUUUACGCACUUGUCCCCUUUUGCCCUUUUUCCAAUGUGGAGUCGGAAGAUUAACAUGAUCCAUGCAAAGUGUAGAUAUCCCCAGGUACGCACGGAAUUGAAAUACAUCUGAUCUUUGGAGCAGCACCUUUGGGAGCAAAGCGCAAUGGAUUUUUAAACAAGGGGAAAUAUACUAAGCAAUGGUUGCAAAUUGAAUAUUUCCGCGCCCAGCAAGAUACCACGGUCUACACAGCCGGUGAGAGCGGAGCGAGGAGAUUUGGAGGGGGACAAGAAACAAUAGGCUAUAUUUUUUCCUCUGGAUCAUUUUUUUUUUUACAUGGAAGCACCUAAUGUUGCAUUCAGUGACAUUGUUGCACUCCAGUUGUUUAUCAUUACACUGGGAUUCAAAGGCACCUCCGGAAUUGUUCGCAUAGUUUAAGGACGCUGGCGGGUCUAUCCUCUACUUCUCUCAGGGCUUUAAAAUUGUGGAAACAGGUGUAUUUCAGCAAGUCAACAUGUCUCUUCUGCCUUCGAGGUUCAUAUACCUGUGUUUACAUUUUCUGGUCCUCUAUUUCCAGCUCCAGGAAUCACAACAGAGCUCAGCUGAUUUUAGGAUCUAUAUCGAGAACCACACGCGGAACCCGGACGACCUGAGCCGGAAGCAGAUCCGCAUCUACCAAUUGUACAGCCGCACCACGGGCAAGCACGUCCAGAUCCUGGGCAAGAAGGUCAACGCCAACGGAGACGAUGGGGGCAAGUACGCUCUUCUUAUUGUUGAGACGGAAACCUUUGGGAGCCAUAUUCGAAUAAAAGGGAAGGAGAGUGGGCAUUACAUCUGUAUGAACAAGAAUGGCAAAAUAGUUGGAAAGCUCAAUGGGAGGAACCAGGAGUGCGUCUUCGUGGAAGAAUUCUUGGAGAACAACUACACAGCUCUCGUGUCAGCCAAGUACAAAGGCUGGUACCUGGGCUUCAACAGGAAGGGGAGGCCCAAAAAAGGAUCGCGGACCACACAAACACAACAGGAAGUGCAUUUCAUGAAACGCCACCCAAAGGGUAAGGUGGAUCCACUGGAAGAGUUUCGUUUCACUACAGUAACUAAGCGGACACGAAGGGCACGCCGCCUAAAACACAACCCCAAAACAAACUGAUUGUCCAAUGGACAGCACACGCACUGUUGUUUCAAAGGCCAUGUAAAGCUUGUUGCCUUAAAACCCCUUAAAGACUUAUGUAAAAAGAACGACGACAAAAAAGAAAAAAAAAAUCAGAGGUUUUAUUUUUAUAUUUCAGGAACAUUGAACAUCUCCCAACUGUUGGAUGUUUCUGGGUAAUUGUUAUAAUGUGUCUGUUAUUUUAUUUAUACUGGAUAAACUAAGGACGACAAAGGACCCUUAUCGCCACCAUCUUCUGCUCCUUUGAAUUGCAAACUGAAGGCAUCCUUCUGACAAUGAGGGUGGAAGCAUGAGUUUAUAAAUGUUAUAAAAAUCAUCCACUAGAUUUUAUUGGAAUACCUGUCAGUUUUGUUUGUGUUACCCCAGACAACAUGGAUCCCAUAUUUUCCACUGGAAUCGGGACGCCAUGGAGACGAAAUAGAGAGAGGUGACAAUGGCAGGUGAAACAGUUUACCUAGAUAACUGCGUAGCUUUGAGUGCAACAUGUGACAGUGCCCCCUCUCUCUCCCUCAACUCCCCCUCUGUUGAUACCUUCUGACUCGUGGACUACUCUGGAUGGAAUGCGCUGAACACGUUGUGCACAGUGUGAUUUCUUUGACAUUUUGGUGUGCAACCUAUGAUUCAGCUGAACACAACAUGCUUUGACUAGCCAGACUUCAGACAGACGGGGUUGUAGUUUUGUUUAACCUGAGUUGAUGUGGCUCAGAAGUUAACUGAGACAGAAACACGGACACUGUUAAAAUGGGAAAUGUAAUAUCCCACCUUUUGCCUUACUUUCCUUAGUGUGGUAGAAUGGUUGAAAAAGACUAAUGAAUACUGGACAGCUUCUCAAACAUUGCCGUACAAGUAUAUGAGGUUAUCUUAUAUACAUAUAUUUUGACACAGAGCAAGCUAUCUGGUAUUAUUACCAUCUGCAUCCACCAAUUUACCCUGCUUUUCAUAGGCCUACAACCAAAAGGUGGAUUGUAUCACUGGUUGUUCAUGGUGCACCCAAGCACCCAUGUUCAAAGAGACAUCCCCAAAACUCUUCAUCUCUAACAUUGUGUUCAAUCAAGCCAGUUAUAUUGUCGAGAGCACUGAAUUGUUAUAAUGCGUACUAGGAAAGGUAUAUAUUCAUCCUACCCACUAUCUCCGUAUUGUCAGACCUAACUCUUAAACCCUGAGAACCAUACAACGAUAAAUAUGCUUAUUUUGGAUUCGGGGAACAGGUUGCGGCCAUCACUAGACCUGGCAACCAGAGGAGUUGUGUUCCCUACAGAACAAUGUUGACCAUUUUACCAGUGACGACAAAGUUCAGCCUCUAUUCCUGGGUACAGCUGUAGUAGCCUAUAUAUUUGUCUACCACCUGACAGGUUUUGUAUGAGAUGCUACUAACAACAUGACACAUUUAUGAAUUUUUAAAAUGUAUGCAAAAAUAAUUUUAUGACUAUUAUAAGAUAUUUAUUGCCUUUCUUUGUAAAUACAAUGUGAUGAAUUUAUUUGGCCUCUGUUAAUAAAAUGAGGACUAUAUUUAAAAAAGGUAUUCUAUGUGUUUAUAGUUGUGGGGCAAAUACUGUACAUGUGCCUUUUCUCUCCUAGAUAUUGGGGUUAUAUAAAUUCACUGGUAACUACUUUCCCAUAGAACUUUAGACUAAUGUUGUAGCUAUCACUUGGUCAGACAUUGAGUACAUUCCCUUCUCUGCAUACUGCCAAGGUAUGCAUUUUCAUAUACAAACCUUAAAGCGUGAAGGCUUCUUGUAACAGCAGUAGAUUUCUAUGUUGAGAAAGGUUGCAUUGCGGAAUCAUUGGAAGAGCUAAUCUAAGGAUUGGAAAUGUGUGUUAAUGGCUGACAAGUUCACUAUAACCUAACCGUGAACUUUGACGGUACAUUAGCUGGUCCAUGCUAAGACGUUCUCCAACAGAUCUUAGAUGUUAGUAGUUACCUCUCAUCACCUCUUUAAUAUUUGAAUAUAAUUGAUGUUUUAGGAAUACUGCAUGUACUGACUGUAAGGCAAUUUUAUCUACAAGGAACAAAAGUAUUAUUAUUGUUUUUUUUGUUGGUCCACAUGAUACAAAUAUACAUUUUUGUUAAUCUAACAUCUGAGUUAAGAUGUGGGUUUGCAGACAGUGCCCGCAUAACCUUUCACAUCACGCAAAUUGCAAUCAUAACUGGUAUGUCCUAAACUUAUAAAAUCUGAGAUAAAUUGCUUGGAAUGUUAUGUGGACAUCAAAGUCAAGGCUGAAAACCAGGAUAAAGGGAGUUUGGUAUCAUUGAAAUUGUGGAAAUAUAGAGAGAUAUUUUAGCAUUUUGGUGUAGCCAGUGCACUGAUGGGCUCCUUACUGGCUCAACUAAAUCAAGAAAGAGGACAUUUUGCCAUGAGUCCAUAACAGUUGAAAGACAAGGAAUGUUGAGAAAAUAGCAGAGAGUUCUCUGCUGUGAACAGUCUGCUAUUCUGUAUUUCCACACAGGUCUUUUAUUAGAAAUGCUAUGACUGAACAUUGUGUUACUUUAAUACAAAUGAUAAUACUUUUAUACAAAAUGUUGUAAGCCUCUUUUUGGCACAAAGGUUUGAGACAUUUUUCCUCCUUAAAAACAGGAUGAAGGAAUGUGGAAAAGCAUGUCUUAUAAUGUUGUGUGCUGGAAUGGUGUUUACAGUAACCGUCAGACUGAAAAAUGGCAGUUUUGAACAAAAAACAUAUUUUGUUUAAGUUCCUACUGAUGUUAUCAGACACCCAGUAGGCUAGCCACCUAGCUAGCCCAGAUGAAGACUCUAUUCCUUAAUUGGAUUUAGAUGUCUUAUACAUGUCUCAUACUCUGUCUGCUUUUAAAAGUACUGUUUUGUAUGUGACAUGAACAUUUUCCACACCAGAACUCAAAGAAACUAGUAUUCCAUUCACGCAUGUAUGUCUUUUAGGGAUGCUCAGUCAUGCUUUGCGGUUUCUCAUAGCACCUUUUAUUUCAUGUAUGGUACUUGUACACUUUCAUUACGGAAUCCCUUAACAGGUUCAUGACCAGGGCUGGUGAUUUGUCAAUUUAGUAUAUCAAAAUACAAAUAUUGUGCUUGUGCAAAUGAC